AGCAGACAAAAGAGUGUGGAAACGAGUUCCCAUAGAGACAACAGCAGGAAAUAAUACAAUGUCCCAAACACAAGUUGAAAGCAACAUGUCGUCCCCAACAAAAAGAAUGUUGAGAAGAGUCUGAGGCAGGUAAUGACACUUGAUGACACCGCAAUGGACUUUUACUGCGCAUACAGUACAUUCCAGGAUGUCCUACCUGGUCUAUUCUAAUGAUUACGGUAAUUUGUGGUGAAAAGCGACCAAUAUUCUGCGGAUGAUCACUUUCACAGUACCCGCUCGUGUCAGAGGACCAUUUAUUGGAUAACUGCCAGUUCAUUUCUCCAAUCUGUGAACAGGCAACAAUUUGGAUGAAUGUCAUACUGGAGCUCUCACCAUGGCAAUGCAGAAACACAUUAGUGUGCGAGACUGCCACCUACGAUCCAUUACAGCGCUUGGGUACCACUCAGCGAGGCGAGAAUUUCUCACAGGCUUUGAAGAUGGAGUGAUCAAAUGGUGGGAUCUGGACAGUGGCAAUUUGUCUCAGUCAGCCUCUAAACAUUCAGGAAUGGUCACUAAUCUGUUGUAUUGGGCAGAUACAAAGCUCAUUUUCUCCUCUUCCAAUGACGGUACACUUAUUGUAUGGACCUCUGGAGCAGUUGUAUUGGAUAAAAUCAAGCUAGGAAGUCCAAUUUUUAGCAUUGCCAUCAAUUUUCGCCGUCAUUUGUUAGUGUGUGGAUUUAAAACUCACCUUACAAUCUACCCACUAGAUGAGCAGAAAACCUGUGGACAUGUCAUCAACCUAAAGAAGAGCUUUUCUGACCAUCAGCAUGUAGACAUUGUAUCAUGUAUCGUGUCAUUGGACAGUCAGAUCUUCACAGUAGGAUACGACAGAAAGUUUUUGAUAUUGGACACAUAUCAGACCCCAGAAAAGAUUUGUCUUAGAGCUGUACAUUGUAAUUCCCGUGCUCAUGAUGCAGGAAUCACUCACCUUCUACUCAUCCGUGACCGGGAGUGUACAAGGUUUUUGACAGGAUCUUUUGACCGCACAGUUGGGGUUUGGUCACAAGAUGGUCAGCUAAUCCAGAGGCUUCGCCAGUUUUCAGGUGAAAUCACUGGUAUGUGUUACAUGGCAUCGGUGAAGGCCGUGUGGAUUACCAGUGGGAACAGUCAACCACUUGUUCUGGACCCACGAUCUGGGGACGUAAUAUCUGAAUUUGUGGAUACUUUUCAAAACCAAGAGCACAGUCCACAAAUAAAGCAGCUGGUAUGUCUACCUGAGACAAGUCAUGUGAUUGGAUCCACUAAGAAUAAUCAAGUUAUAGUGUGGAAAUAUCACAAGAUAGGCUGUGUUGCUGUAUUGCAUAGCAAAAACCCUCUGGAAUGUCUGUCAUAUACUGGAAAAAAAAUUCUUCUUCUUUUCACUGGGGAUAGCAGUGGCAUGGUGGAGAAAUGGGAAAAAAAUGAUUCCUCCCCAUGUGUUUACAGCAAAGAGUCAUAUCGCAUAGAAGACAGCAGGCCUGAGUGGAGGGGGCUGCGUUGCUUACAACAGAAACAAAAAACAAACCAGAGCAAGAGACCACAGUCAAGGCUUCAACGGCCAGGAACAGCUGGGAUACUGAGAAAAGGCACAAUGCUCAAUAAUGGGAGAACUAGUAGCAUAAAGUCCUGCGGAUACACAAAGUCUGUGUUCUCAGAUGAAAUGGAUCUCCUGGUCAUGGCUACAGAAAAUGGAGAGAUUUAUUUAUGGGAGUUUGAUGAUUCCAUCUCAGGUCCAGUUCCUGAGGAUAAUUCAGAUGUGGAUGAAAACCAGCAGAUCAUGGAGAAAUAUGAAAUUCUAUUGUCUCAAGGCUCUCUAACAGAGAGUCAGCCAACACAAAAGAACACAAAGAUAUUGAACAAGCACUUAGCAGGUUUCACUUGUAAGAAGGUAUUGGCUGGCCACUUUAAGGCAGUCACAGCUCUAGCUAUCGUUGGGAAGGAAAGUGGUUUCUCCACAGUGUAUUUGAUGAGUGGUGGAUGGGACUGCAGAAUCUGCAUAUGGGACCUACAUUCCUGCUCACUUAUAGAAACAUUCUCCAGACCAGAAAUGGAUCACUGGAGUGAACAAAAAGAAAAGGCCUGUGAUGGAGUCAUUUUGGAUAUGUGUUACUGUCCAAAAAGGAAAGAAUUUGCCUAUUCCUCCAGUGAUGGAAAAGUUUACAUACGUCAUUUUGGAGUAGCCAGUUCUGAAAUGACCCUUGUAAAUAUUCUAAAGGGACACGAAGCAGAGGUCACCACAGUUGUGUGGCAUCACCUUGUAGACAAGUGGAUCACUGGCUCUGAAGAUGGAACCAUUAGAAUAUGGGGUGCAGAAGGAGCUCUAUGUGAGAAGAUCCUGCAUACUAAAGGAGUUGUUACUUGUAUCUGCAUUGACCAGAUGAAUGGAUGCAUUGCUGCAGGUGUGCAAGAUACAAUCAGGGUUUAUGAUCCAGACUCUCUACUGCAGGUUCAGUAUAACACUGGACAUACAGACCUUAUCCGGUCCCUCAUCCACAUUCCAGAGAUGAAGCAGUAUGUUACAGUGUCAUGGGACAAGACAGUGAGAAUAUGGAAAGCUUAUCACAAGGUCAACAACCAGAACAAUUCAAUGCCUUGAGCUACUAGAUCUACAAACCAAUACACUUCUGGGGUUACAUGAUCUUUAAAAAUAUACUGUUAUUGUAUUGGAUUAUACAGUAUGUAUUUUAAUUGCAUGUAUUGCAAUCGUAGAGUGUUUGGACUCUAAAAACUCUACACUUAUUCAGUUUAUUAUAACAAUUCUUUUAA